AUGUCUAAAUUCGAUAACAAGGCCUUUUCAGAAAUUAUGGGCUAUACUUCUAUAGCUUGUUGGAUUGUGGUUAGCAUUCCACAGCUUUAUGAAAACUAUAAGAGAAAAUCAAGCCAUUCUGUAUCGAUAGCUUUUUUUUACAUAUGGCUUGCUGGUGAUUUACUCAACUUGACGGGAACUAUUUUACAGGAGUUAUUACCAACGAUGAUUUAUCUUGGCAUAUAUUACGUCAUAUCUGACAUCGUCAUAAUAUUGCAAAUUCUUUAUUAUCGUCGUCGUCGCGGAAAUACUUUAUAUAGUGAAUUAGUUUACGACUCAUCCAGAGAAUUAGAAUCAGCCCCCUUACUAUCUGAACGAUCCAAUCCCGUACACAAUUCAAAAUUAAAAGAAUCAUUUGGAAUUUUAUUUGGAAUAAUAGGCGUUUUCUUAGCUGGCUUUAUUGUUUAUUCUUUCUCCUCUUUAUCUCGACAUUUCAAUCCAUUAUAUGUAAAAGAAAGUUUUAACAUAUUGAUUCAAUAUGAUAGCGACAUGCCAUCGCAUAUGAAAUUGCUGCCUCAAAUCUUGGGAUGGUGCAGUGCUGCAUUUUAUCUUCAAGAAUUCCGCAAAUUAUCAAAAAUCACAGAUCAAAAUCAACUGAAGGAUUAUCAUUAG